AUGGCGGACACUCCAGCUGAUUUCGGCGCUGCAAAAGGCUCAUCUCCAGCGCCAACAAGGCGCGACUCGCAGACUGCUGAGAAGGUAUCCAGAGCUUGCGAUAACUGCUCCUACUCAGGCUCCAAGUCAAAAUCCAAGUGUCUGCUGAGACCAGGCUCCAAAACUUGCGAGAAUUGCAGGUUCCUUGACGUCGCCUGCACCUUCAAUCGCACAGUGAAAAAAAGAGGGCCCCCAAAAGGCUAUGUCAAUACUCUCGAGCAAAGGCUCGCCUCGUUGGAGAGCAUCGUAACUGAACUUCGGGGUGGUCAUGCUGUAGCAUCGGACAAUUCCCCUGAAGAGUUGCUGCUUCCUACCCCAACUAGUAACAAUGGUUAUAAAAAUAAACAACAAGUUCACGAGGAAGAUUUUAAUCAACCCAUGGACCAGCCGGGAAUUCCUAUACCGACAAAAUCGUUGGUCCAGAAAAUUGACAGCACGUCGGAGAAGUCAACCGUGCUGGGCUACUUGUCGAUUGACGAGAACACGACAAUGCGAUAUCAUGGACCAUCGUCGGGACUUUAUCUCAUGACAGCAUCGCGAGUCUUUGCAUCUCCAUUCUGGCAGUUUUCAAACCCUGGAUUCUGGCCCCGCAGCAAAAACACGACGUUUCGAACGGAAGACGAGAUAGUCUCGGCGGCAGAUGCAAUUCUGGGGGGAAUCCUUCCUAGUCUUGCUGUGCAAAACAAACUACUCGAUGCCUUUUGGGCUUAUGUCCAUCCUUACUUUCCCACCGUGCACAAGGAAACCUUCCUCUUUCAGCUGAGCAAAGAUCGCCGAGGAAUCCCUCGUCAAGGGAGUUCGGCGCUUGAUCAGCUGGAGCGACGGAUUCCCCAGGUUCUGCUGCUGUCUAUGUUUGCCCUGUCCGCUAGGUUUGUCGAACAUCGCGGAGGGCGUGAAGAUAGUGAUCCGGGUGAUGAGUACGCAAUCAAAGCAGAGACACUUAUUGCCCAGCACAAGCAAAGUAGUAUCAACUGCUGCUUGGCUUUACUCAUGAUGGCAUAUCGUGAGAUUGGUACUGGCGGCUCAAUCAGCUGGAUGUAUGUUGGUAAUGCAAUACGAAUGUCCCAAGAUCUGGGGCUUCAUCGGGAUCCAACCGUGUGGAAAAACACAAAUUGUUUCCGGAACAUGUCUACAGUUGAAAUACAGAUCCGGCGCUUGAUCUGGUGGGGGACAUUUGUGCUAGACAGAUACAUUUCAGCAUGGCAGGGCAGGCCCUGUGCAAUCCACGAAGAUGACUUUGACACCCAGCUACCUAAUGACAGCCCACACGGAACUAGAGAUGUGCCUCUUGCUUGUUUUGCACAAGUUAUCAAAUUAUCUAUUAUUCAAGGCCGAAUACACCGAGAGUUCUACUCGGUCGGAUCGAAGGGGCUCGAUUGGAGUAAGCUACACGAGUUUGAAAAUAACCUUAAUGAAUGGGAGGCACAGAUUCCCGAUUUUCUGGCUAUUCGCCAAGGCGUCCGACUCCCCGUGCCAGUAAUUGUGAUGCAUUCGCAGUUUUGGAACUGCAAAGUGCUGCUCCAUCGUCCAUUUAUAACGCACGACUCCAACGAACCCCAAACGAACAAUUCAUCUCUCCUUGCUGCAACCUCAGCCGCCGUCGCAAUAGCUAAUCUUCUCGAACACUUUACCUCGUCUUAUAGCGCGUCUUUUGCACCCCCAUUUUUCAACUAUUACUCUUUCACGGCGAUCAUCAUGCACCUCUUCAACAGAGCUACAUACCCUGUUCUUUUCUCACCGUCGGCUUUGACCCAUUGCACAGACUGUUGUCGGAAGAUGAGUAGUAUAUGGUCCAGCGCAGUACGAACAUUGCAUAUUGUCGAGGGAAUCGAUCACGAAAUCGACCACAUCUUACCCGGUUCUACAGCCAUGUACACAGCAGCCACCGCUGGAAACCAACAUAUGGCGUCGGCAUCAGCAUCAGCAUCCGGGCCGUCAUCGGGAAUGACAGCGGUUUUGAACCCGGAGAAUCACACAGGUGCUGACGACCAAGAUGCGGCGAAUUUUUGUUUUACUUCAUGGCCAUCGCCUAUCGUCGAUCCGGAUUGGCUAAGCCUGGAGACGUGGAGGGCUGAUGGCGCCGAUGUAGACGAGGUUACGAUGCUAUGA